AGGGGUUUUCUACCAAGAAGAUUUUUUUCGGAGACCAUGAUGAUAGGGGACUUGAGCGAGUAGGGCGUGGAGGAGGACGGGGUGGGGCCCGAGGUGGCCGAGGGGGAGCAGGAGGAAGGUUUAAGAGCGGAUCCCCGGGAGGGACUUGGGAGCACGAUCUGUACUCGGAGGAGCUGAAUGAGGAGCCAACCAGCACCACAGCUUAAUCUAAACCCUAUAAUUUACUGAAAAUUUAAAACCACAGAUGAUGAGAUUUCAAGAGGAACUUAAUUUUUUUCUUUAUAAUUGCUGUAAACUGUAUUUGAAAUAUUACGUUGUUUAGGAAUUCCCUUUUGAGUUAGGGACAGUAUUUCUUGUUAGUAUUGUAAUGUAUAAUCUGAAAGCAACAAUUAAUACAAAAACUUUCUAAAUCGCAGAGAGCAUUCAUAAAAAGAAACUUUGAACAUGAAAUAAAACCUUAUCUUUUGUUUUAAAAUACUAUUAGGCUAUUUAAAAGGGGUUUUCUAGGCAUAUAUUUUCUGAACAAGAUUAUUAACAAUGAUAUAGCUUCGGUUUUCAGCAGAAAGAGAGCCAAUAAGUUUCAUCCUCUGUGAGUUAAAAUUAUUUGUGCGAUUUACUUAAUCAUGUCUGGAGCUUUUUGUUUGAGAAAAUGUUUUAAUUGACGGCUCUAAUUCUAGCUGUAACUCUUUUUUAACAGAAAAUGGGAAUCAAGGAGAGAAAGGAUUUAGUUCUCGAGAUUGAAGAAGGGUCGAAGUGGAAGUAAACUUUCCACAUUAUUGGUUUUCCUGUGGAAUGUUAAUUCUCUAAAAAUCAUGAGAGUACAGUUUUAUAUUCCGGAGAAUAAUCUUAUGUUAAGUUUUCAAACUAAAUCGGAGAAUUGUUCCCAGCAUUCUUACUUAAGAUUCAGUCUCUCUGGUAAAAGGUGUGACUCUGAUCGGUUCGGAGUAUAAUUUAAACUAUCGGUUAUUUUCAGUUUUUGCAAUCUGGCAAUUGUUGUGAACUAUCACAUUUUCACUUUUUCUGUACACGGUUUUUAUGUAUUUUUGGUUUGUUAUUUUUCAGUCGGAUCGUAUUAAUAUGUAUGUUUGAACUUGAAGUUCACGUUUACUAACAAAAAUAUAAAUUAUUAACUAGGGUCAGAGUUUAUUUUAUCCCUUAGGUAAAUUUACAAUGAUCCAACUUGUUUUCUUGUAAUUUUAUUAAUAUGUGCCUAUAUCAAUGGAAAACAUGUGUUAUUAUUUUCAAUCGCCAUUGAUAUAUUUUGUGAUUUUUUCAGAUGCAACUAGUCAGGGGGGACACUAAGGAUGACUCCUACUCAAAACAGAAGAAGCUUUUCAGCUUGGGAUCUUUGUAAUCAGGAGGAGCAAGGGAACCUUAAAAAAAUGUCCUCUCUUGGAAUUAUUCCGCCCAGUAGGAUUUUCUGUGAGUCGAAUACAGAGGAACUGACAGGACUCCAGGAGAAUAUUGAGCUUAGGAAAUAUAAUUCUCUACCCCCUUGUUAUAAACACAGAAAGCGAGCUUGUUUGACUUUGAAGGAUCCCCAUCCGAAAGAGAGCGGAAGGAAGAAAUUGGUUGACCCUGAUGAGUUCCAGAGUAGACUAAGUGUACUCAAGGAUUGGAUGAAUGAAUUCUCUGAUGUACAAAAACUAGCCCUUUUACAAGGUAUACUGCCUGUUCUUGGGCCUAAUCAGCUCCACUGGUUAGAUACUCAGGUUCCUGGAUCUAAUCCAGGCCUUCAUUACAAAUGUCCUCCUGGCUGCUCAGACCCCCUUCAGAUUGUCCCCCCUCACCUUAUUUAUAAAAUAUUUGGUCUACUUGACCCAUUCUCUCUUGCAGCUGCCUCUAGAGUCAGUUGGGUGUGGCACCACUAUUCUGUGGCUCCAAGUUUGUGGAAGAAUCUCUGCUCCCAAGCUCCCUGGAAACUAUCAAGAAAAGGGAGCAACACUCAAAUACAACGCUUCGGUGGUGAACCUGACUGGAGAUGUAUAUUUGUUGAACGAUAUAAACUAAGAAGAUCCUGGCUAGCCGGUCAGUGUCACGUCAGAACAUUCCAGGUCUGGAAUACCAAGACGAACUCUCCGUGGUCUGUGAUGACCCUGACCGGUCACUCAGGGGAGGUCAGGUGUCUUCAUCUUCAGGAAAAUAAGCUGGUCAGUGGCUCAACAGAUCUUACAAUAAAGGUUUGGGAUCUUGAUACUCAUCAGGACUGGAGUAGUAUAGCCUGCAGGGUCACCAUGGUCGGACACACUGAUACAGUCAGGUGUGUUCAGAUGGAUUUAAAAAAGAAUUUAGUCAUCUCUGGUUCUUAUGACACCACUCUUAAGGUCUGGAACCUGCAAUCAGGAGUAUGUCUGAACACCCUCAGAGGGCAUAGUGGACCCGUCCUAGCCAUACAGGCACAGAGGACCCAGAACCAGGGUCCCUGGACCAACUCUGGGUCUACAGAGGGUCCAGGGUCCGGAACACGACUUAUUUCCGGCUCCGCAGAUAAAACAGUCAGGAUCUGGAGUCUGGAUACUGGUAUCUGUGAAGGUAUACUGUAUCUGUAUAUAAAUGUUAAGAUCUGGAGUCUGGAUACUGGUAUCUGUGAAGGUAUACUGUAUCUGUAUAAAAAUGUUAAGAUCUGGAGUCUGGAUACUGGUAUCUGUGAAGGUAUACUGUAUCUGUAUAAAAAUCUUAAGAUCUGGAGUCUGGAUACUGGUAUCUGUGAAGGUAUCCUGUAUCUGUAUAUAAAUGUUAAGAUCUGGAGUCUGGAUUCUGGUAUCUGUGAAGGUAUACUGUAUCUGUAUAUAAAUGUUAAGAUCUGGAGUCUGGAUACUGGUAUCUGUGAGGGUAUACUGGAAGGGCACAAGGAUGCUGUCACCUGCCUCACCAUUGACUCCUCCGAGGUUAAAAUCAUCACAGGAUCCUUAGACAGAACUAUCAAGGUCUGGUCUAUCUCCUCCUUGGACUGUUUAAGAACCCUGGACUGGAUGUCUAGUGAGGGGCAUACUGGAGUUAUCAGAUGCCUUCAGGCGGACGAAUGGAGAAUAAUAUCGGCUGCCGACGAUAAAACAAUUAAGGUUUGGGACCUGAACACAGGCCGAAGAUUGGUAACUCUGAAGUCACACUCUGAUGGAGUAACAUGUUUACAAUUCAACGACUUUUAUAUAGUUUCAGGAAGCUACGACAAGACGGUGAAACUCUGGGACUUUACAGUCUGCUAAUAGUUUUAUAUAAUUAGACCAAAAUUUUAUCAUUUACAAGUUGACGUAGACAUUUUUAAUCUCGAGUACAUUAGAUUUGUUUGUCCUGUAUGAGAUUGCUUCGGACAUUUUCCAUUAAACUUUUUUUCGCAUUAAAAAAAUGUUUCGAUCACAGAGCUUGGGAUUUUUUAAGAAAAUAAUUCACGAUGAUUGAUCUUGUAAUACCCAUUGCUAACAAUUAUUGUGAUGGGGUGAAGUGAUCUGUGAUAUCUCGUUUGUCGAAUUAUAAAAGAAGCGGAUUAUUGGUUUUUAAAAGUUCCGAUCAAAGUAAAAAUAAGGACUAACUAAAAACCAGUGUCAAGCUUUUUAAAUAUGAUCCCUAGUUGCCUCCGGGAGAUCCAUUUAGAAUUUAUUACCUACUUUCAGCUCAAAAUUCCCCCUAGAUUAUACUAUUUGUGGUCUAGGGAAAAUGUCAAGUGUCAUAUAAUUCAGUAUUACAUUGUAUAAUGUACAACAUAAACAUACAGUCCAUCUUGAACAAAAUGUUUUGUAAAUGCUCAUUUUAUACUAUAUAUCACAUUUUUUUACAGAUUAACCGAAAUUUUAUUUGGCGUGAAGAUUCAUUCCUCUGAAGUCUACGUUUCAUUUUAAACCUUUUUUUUAGUUCAAUGUUAAAGGUAUUUGGAUUUGAGACGGUUUAAAAAAGCAAUAAGUAUUGCGUAAAUAAAUGUAAACACAUAUUUUGUGUAGUAGUAUUUCUAGAAGUUUGUUUUAACAAAAAAGUGCUAUGGGUAUUGAACUGACAAGUUUAACGGUAGAAUCACUUUCCCUUUUAAUGAUAAUAGUAACGGAGAAAGUCUAAUAGCAAUAAUUUUAUACUAAAAGAGUGCAAUUUCUAAAGAAAACGAUCUAGAAUCCGAAGAAAUUUAGUCAAUGGGAUUGUUACAGAGAGAGUUGGGAUUUUAUCCCUGUAUUUUGCUUUGGGGGAGGGGGUUUAAUCCUCCCCCCCAUUGUGCUAGGGGUCCCCUUAUUGUGCUUAGAAUUAAUGUUUUGUAAACUGGGGACUAGCUCAGCUUUCACAAAUACAAUAUUUAAUCUAAUCUUUUUAUCAAACUCGGAAACACAACUUAUAUUAAUGUUUGAAGAACUGAGGUUGGUGUGGAUAGAAUUUUGUGCACGUUUAAUGUGACGUAUAAGAUCUGUUAAUGACGUUUCUUAUCAAAACAAUUGCAAACAUUAUACGUACGUUAAGUUUAGUGUGAAAUGACUGUUUACUAACGGUUGUUUAUCUGUUGAGAAAUGAAACUGUUUUACAAACUUUCAAUUCAAACUAUUACAUUUUUUUGCAAUUAUUUUAUUUUACAUUAAAAACUAAUGUGUAAUUGUUUAGAUUUUGUGUUUAAUAAUAGAAGUUAUUAUUAGUUGUACUCGCUUCAUUCUUAUCAAAGGAAACAGAGAAAGCAUUUUUAAUGAGUUAGUAUAGGGAGUACAUUGUUGAUUGAGUAAUCAGAAGA